AUGAUUCAUACUUGGACUGAAUGUGAUACAAAAAAAGCAUUACUUAGCGCUCUCGUUCCAGCUGGUGUCAGUGCAUUUACUGCUUACUCUGUCUUUAAAGAUAAAAGUGUUGAAGAAUUUUUAAAAUCAACAUGUGAAUGUAAAUGUGUUCCAAAAGAUCCAGUUGUCUACAGUGCUUUAGACGUCCUGACCUUUACUCCAAUGGGUUAUGCUGCAUACAUGGUUUUCAAGCAUGGAGGUGGAUUUGACUACAAUGAUACAAAAGUAGCCAUGGCUCUUUAUGGAUGUACAUUAGCUUCAUGGUUAGGAUUUAUUCCAGUAUCCAAGAAAAAGGACAGAAAAUUACUUUUUGGUUAUGGUGCUUUACAUAGCGCUUUAGCUAUUGGUACUUGUUAUGCUUUUUAUCAAAUUGACAACGUUGCCGGAAAACUUUGUGUUCCUGUUGCUCUUUUGACAAGUAUCUAUACACUUAUGUCUUAUGGAGGAUACAGAAAAUUUUGUAGUAACUAA